AUGGUGCUUCGCAAAUGUACCAAACAAACAUGGCGGAAAGCGCUCAAAAUGUCGAUAAACAAAGUGAAGGAAGUUCUGUGAGUGAAACCAUCAAUAAGCAGGGGUGGUUAUCUAAACGGAGUCGUCUUUCCAAACGCUGGGACAAGCGGUGGUGCUGUUUAAGGAAAAAUGAACUAACUUAUGGCUUAACAGCAGAGAAUCAAGAGAAAGUAGUUCUAUUGGAGGGAUGUGAGAUGUCAGAUUGCAACAUUGACAAAAAACAGUUUGCCUUUAGAAUAAAGCCCAGCGGAGGAAGACGUGUCUACUUUUUUUCAGCUGACAGCGAACAGGAACAACAGGAGUGGCUGCAGGCAAUAUGCUUUGCUAAGGCAUCAGGCAACAUGGGGGAUGGAUCGCAAGCUUGUACAAUACAAUAACAGCUACAGUACUGUUAUCAAACAUCUUAGAAGCUUAAUCUCAAGCUCAGAAAACUGUGAACAUCAGAAAUAUUUUGAGAAUGUUUUGUUUAAAGAAGAAAUUAGGAAGAUAUAAGAUACAAGUGUGUGAAUAGGCCAUCAUUAUUAUAUCACAUUUCUCUGUUUGUAGGGAGAUUUGAGACAAGUUGGGAGAGUUAAGCUGGGGAUCUGGCAUAACAUUUUCAGUACUAAGCCCCUUGCAGAUCUUUUGCUUAGCUCAAGGCCUCAUAUCAUGAGUGAUGGAAUGCUUGUGCUGAAAUGCUUAUUAUGAGGGCAUGGUCACACACCAUUGAAAUACAAAAUGCAAGUGUUUUGUUAUAUAGUUUGCUUUCUUUACCUGAUCUUCAGUGCAGUUAGUCAUGAUGUGAUGUAUUUUUCAUACACAACUCUCUGAAAUAUUCCAGGUGUUUGCUGUUUGCUGAGUCUCUAAGAAAAGAAUAUUAUUUUAAACCCAGCAGGAAAAAGAGGUCAAGUAAAACUUGAUGGAUGUUACACCUUAAUUUAUAAUGAACAUGUUAUUAAUGUUAUUCUUUAUAUUUUAUUCAUCAAUCUUGUACAAAGCACAAGCCAUUGGUUAUGUAUUAUAGGCUAUAUUUACUUUAGCUAGUUUGGAGUUAAUUUAACCCUUUAAACCCAGUGAGUGAUCAUCAUCUAAUUUCUCUUUGCAGUAAUACUGCUGAAUCAUUCAUUAAGAUCAUGAGAAUAUAGGAAAUGAUCACCAGCCUAAGAAGCUUUGAUUGUUACACAAAUUCUUGUUGUGAGUACCAAAAGAAAUGUGAAGAGAAGAGUGUUGAGAAUGUGGAUACUGGUGUUAAGGUUUAAAGUAUUCACAUAUUUAUGAAUUAAUGUUUGUAAAAAUGAAAAAAAUCUUGGGAUAAAUUUUUUAUUGUCUUUGUUAAUUUGCCCUGAUUGAGUGGGAUUUAAAAAAAAAAACAUGGAUGCUCUUGCCAUUCUAUUACAUAUUUCCCUGCACCUCCCCAAAGCCUUUCUUCAGGUUAUCUUAACAGUUGGGUUGUACUCAUUUAUACCCCCUGGUGGAGAGACACAAUGACCUGGCCAGGUCUGGAACCAGGACACCUCCCUCCUUCCCCCUUAGUGUGCAAACUGGUAGGAAGAUAAGUGGGUAAUGGAUAAGUCUCCAGGAAACUGUAAAUGCAAAUUCUUGAAGAAACUGUUGCAAGAAAUGCUAUUGCAACUGUAUGUAAAUGAACUGCAGGACUGUGAAAUGAGAUACAAUUAGAAUUUACUGCUCAGAAAACAUUAAUUAACAGAUUCUUAUGUAACUUUCACACUGAUUGUGAGUAGAAAGCUUGCCAGCUUUAAAUGUUUGGAUUAUUCUGCAUAUUUACUUUAACUGAC